AUGGUGGCGACUGAAUAUGAGAGGUGUGUCCAGUUUGAAGAUGGCCUUAGGGAUAAUCUAAGGGUUUUGAUUACUCCAGAGAGGAAGAGUGAGUUCUCAGUUUUGGUAGAGAAGGCACAGAUCACCGAGGAGGUAAAGCGUAUUGAGCUCCAAAAUAGAGAUAGAGAGAGGGUUAGAGUUGGGCCUUCUAUUUCACCUACUGGGACCUUGCCUUAUGGGCACUGUAGUAGACGCCAUCUGGGCGAAUGUUGGAGGAUGACUGGGGCAUGUUUGAGAUGUGGGUCUACUGAACAUAGUGUUCGAGAGUGUCUGCUAAGGGCUGAUCAAAUGCAAGCUCUGGGUUCUAGUGCUGCACUGCCAUUGAGGGUAGUCCAGCAACCUCCUAGAGGGACUCCAAUUGAGAGUACUUCUAGUGAGGUGACUGUUGUGAGUCCUUUGGGGAAAUCUAUCCAAGUCAACAAAUUGUAUAGAGAUGUCCUGUUAGAGGUCCAAGGGACAGUAUUUUUGGCUGAUCUGAUGGAGCUUCUGUUCGGGGAGUUCAAUUUAAUUCUGGGAAUGGACUGGUUGGUCAAGCACCGACUUUUUGACAAGAAGGGUGUAAUCAACCUUCGUCAACGGUUUAAGCUGGCGAAACCACACUCUUUCAAUCAAGAAAAGUUGGUCCGGAAGGGAUGUGAGGCAUAUUUGGCCUAUGUAAGUGUUUCUGAUUCUGGGGAUUUGACUGUAAAGGAUAUCAAAACUUUCAGGAAUUUUCCAAAUGUCUUUCCUAAAGAACUAUCGGCUCCAGUGUCUAUUGCCCCCUACCGAAUGGCACCCAUGGAGCCUACGAAGCUUAAGGCUCAGAUUCAGGAGCUGCUAGAUCGUAACUAUCAGCGAUUUGUAGAAGAGUUCUCCUUGAUCGCAGCUCUGUUGACUAAGCUUCUGCAUAAGGGAGUUCCUUUUGUGUGGACUGAUGCACAGUAG